AUGUCCAUUAACUCAGUGAAACUGAACCCCCAGUGUAUCAAACCCAUUCAGCCUUACAUCUCGACUCUGAAACAUUUUCGGAGAGACUUUUUGGCAAACUGCAUCUUCCCUCAGCUUAAGGAACUCAGUUCCAGCACAUAUUUCAAAGCUGUGGACCUGAGGCGGUCAGCACUGAAGGCCCGGGCGCCUUUGCCCUCUAACCUGUUUGGACAGCUUUCUUGUCUCCACUCCCAGCAUCUUAAAGCUCUGUCUCAACUAUGUGAACAGUUGCUGUCUGUCUGUUUCAUUUGCAUGCUGGGUCAGACAUGGGGAGACUUUCUUCCUGACUCCUCACUGUUCAUGUUCUCCAAAGCAACUGACUUCUCAAAUGUAUCCACAGUAGAACAGAAUCUCUUUGUUGCUGCAAAAAAUGGUUAGCCUUGGGUCCUGGAGAAUUCCAACUGCAGUCUAACAUUUGAGAUCAUCCAAGCACCAUUUCUGCAUGAAUCUCAAUUUCAGUAUUUUUACUUUAGGUCUGGAACUACGCUGCUGAAGACUUUAGAUGGGGAAGAGGCGGAGAGGCUAACUGUAGGUUCUCUGCUGAAGGAGAAGGAAAAACUGAGGAUUGGAAAGCUUAAGGCCAAGAUUAUUAGCAGAGGGCUCCCUGUCAGAUUUUACAGAGAUCUCCACGGGUUGGGUGAGCUGGUUUUCAAGGACUGGUCAAUUGCGAUACAAAAACUUUACCCAGCCACUUUAAUGACUGAAAAUAUAAAUCAGACUCCAAAGCAUGACUUUGAUCGUUUCUAUCAUGAGGAGUUUACUGAGAAGUGCAAGCAAGUGUUUGUCACUUCCAAAGCAAAUGAAAAUUUGGAGUUUGAAAUCUUGGAAGGAUUUGCCUUAAAGGAUAUGAAAUUCAAUUUUAACAAUGCUGCGGCAGGUUCCAGUUUAGACUCUGUUCUCCAAUCGAAGGUGCCAAGUAGCUCAAAACUGAUAUUCGUGAUGAAGACUCACAUCUUAGUCUUUUCACUUCUUGUAGAAGUGUUCAUUGCUUCCAUGAAGUUAAAGCUAUGUAUAUUUGUACUAGAUGGAAUUGAAGAAUUGAUUGGCAUUUAUGGGAUUUCAGGACAGAAGGCAAAUGAUUUUUCUUGGCUGCCAUGCUCACUAUCUCCUUAUUGCAAAUGCAUCAUGAGCACCCCUGUCUCCUCCAGCCUGUCCUACAAGUCACCGUGUGCCCGCCCAGAUGUGAGGACAGUGGAGCUCAUUAGCACAGGGGAUGAAGAAGGGAAACUGAGGAUCUUUAGACAUUAUUUCUCCGUUCCCAGCAAAGACCCCUUCCGACAAAUUCUGACAAACUUUGAGGAAAAGACGUUGAGAAAAAAACCAAACCUGAAUCCUUUAAAACUCACAAUCUUAGCAAAUGAAUUGAAAGAAUGUAGAAUCUACCGAUAUGAGUUUCAGUGUCUGCAGGACUAUGAGGAGGUGGUCUCUAUUCAGGAGCUCUGGGAACUGAUUCGGAAAUGCUGGAUUGAAGACUAUAUUUGGACUUUUAAAAAGGCAGAUUCGACACUGUGGCUUCAGGAGAAGAGUUUGCACUUCUGCAAAUUAAAUUGCCUUCAAAUUUCAUGUGCCCUCCCGACCUGCAGGAGAUGGAAACAAGGUCUCUGUGUCCCAAGAAAUGUCCCUCAAAGUGGCCCCUGGCUGUGCCCAUGUCUGCAGCUCCAGGAUUGUGCAGGGAAGUGCAGGGCCUCCUCCCCACCAGAACUGCUCCGUUUUCCUGGUGAUUUUCCUCCCCUCAGCACUACCCCUACUUGGGCCCAGGGGCUCAGCCACAGAAAACCAGACCUCAUGCUGGGGUCCUUCUCCCUUUGUCCCGAGGCAGGCAGACCUCCAGGCCUAGUCACUCUUGUCAGAGAAAGCAGUCCAAAUACCUUUCAGAACCCAGUGAAUCAGAAGAAAACACAUUUUCACCAAAUCUUGGUUAGAUAUGUCCAACAGCAAGCUGAUUUCUGGCGAGUGUAUCAGGAGCUGCCAUGGCAUAUGAAAAUGAGUGGCUGCCGGGAGGAGUUGUGCAGCUUUCUCUCAAGGCCCAAUGUCACAGACGGUAUAUCAAAGGUCCGAAGCCCAAGCUUCUGGACAAGGCUGCACCUCAUCCACUACUGGAAGGUAUUACCCGAAGCCGGUGAUGCUUCUGGGGCCUAAUUACUUAUAGCGGACAAUAUUAAAGCAGAUAAGUGCCAUAAAACAAGGAAGAGGUGCGCACACUCAGUGGUUGAAUGCAGGCUCUUUGAGGUUACUGCCACUGGCAAAUGCCAAUUAAUGUUCUUUAUCGCAAGGUUUCUGAAGCUUACGGAUAAGACCAAUGGAGCGGAAGAGUUAUUCUUGAGUCUUGAGUACAUGUUAGUGCAGAGUCAGUCCAUGACAGGAAUGCUUCUCAAAGCACAGAAUGCUAUUGGAGAACUCUUUCUUGAAGUAGGGACAACCCGGAAAGGGAUCCAGUACUUCCAGAAAGCGUGGCCGAACCUGAUGGAUUUUUUGCCCAGCAACUUAGAGGAUGACCAGGACUUGGUGAAGCAAGAAGACUCUUGUCCAAAUGGCAGGGCUCUCUGGGUUCAGUUCCUGGGCUCUGCUUGUCUCGGGCUUCACACCUCCUCCUCACGGAUGCCUGGGGUUUCUGCCGUCACUCCAGGUGGUGCCGGCUCCUUGUGUCCAGCCCCUUCUCGGAGCUCUAUCGUCAGCUGCAGAUGUCAAAAGAAGCAAGCAACUGAAUAUUAUAAACAAGUGAUAAAAAUAAAGGAAAAUGCAGUCACAGCGACCAGCUCAUUGUUCAUCAGGAAGCAACUGAGCAUUAGCUUAAACGACACUGUGUUCAUGAUUGAGGCAGUGGGCUAUUUGUACAGAUCAUUUGAUUUAAGGGCAACCUACCUGGGAUCUUCUCAUUCAUCAGCCUAUGUAAUCCUGCACCUUCUGAGGGAAAUUGAAUGGAUCCAGGCUAGGGGAUGUUGGCCUCAAGGCAUGAGCCAGCAAUAUUUUGAGAGUUCUAGGAAUGGCGCCUUAUUGUGGGAGCAUUUCUUAAGCUACUACAGUGUUCAGAGCUCUAAUAGGGUGAACUCUGCAAUGUGCAUGAACGCAGAUAAGCUUUGGAGGGCUAAAAGCAUAGACGUGGCACCUCAUCCAGUUUCAAAAUGGGCUUCGGAAAAGGGAAAAAGUUCUUGAGACCCAUUAUUUCCAUUUCUUUUGAGGAAAAGACCCCA